CUGCUGUGUGUUUCUACUUACGAAUUUUUUACUAUCUCUCUCUCGGCAGAUUUGCUUUUCGUUUUAUUAAAUUAGAAUUUUUAAAUAGUAAACAAAUAACGUACAAUACAAAUUUAAUAGUUAGCAUUUCACUUUUACACGGAGUGAAUUGCAUUUCUAUACAGUAAAUAGCUGAAAUAUAUCACUUGUUUGUGUACCAAUUAACACAUUGUGUUGUUUUUUAAUACUGCUUGUCAUGUCGAAUUAUUACGGGGGAGAGACCAGAGGUAUGGGUGGUGGGUACGGAAUGGGCCGUGGAGUUGGGCGUGGUUACGGACCUCAAAGUGGAGGGGGUCAAGGUUAUCCAAUGAGAGGAGGUCGAGGGGGUGGCGGCGAAGGAAUGUAUCCUCAACAGCAUGGUCCACCGGCAAUGGGAAUGAGAGGAGGGCCGAGUUAUGACAAUCGAGGUGGAGGAGGAUAUAGUGAGCAGUCAUGGGAGGAUCCUGUUGUAUUACCUAAUUCUAGAAUGGUCCCCCCUCCAGCUGGUCGGAUGUCCGAUGAAAUGAUGCCUCCCUCCCAUCAUCAACAGAGACCCACCCACGCACAACCAGUCCAAGAAGGUGGUCCCCCCGGUGUGAAAUAUGCAAAUGAUUGCGAAAUCAUUGUAACAGCAAAAGCUCAACAACAAUACGCAGAAAUGAUUGAGAAAGCCAUUAAGGAGUUUCACUUGAAAGUAGAUAUCAUGUUUCCAAAGCCAGAUGUAAAAUUGGCAGCGUUUAUAGAAAAUAUCGCAUCUACGGGAACAAUUUUUGCUGUUGUAAUCCGACCUGAUAAUGAAACACACAGAAGUGUGAGUGUCCAUGUCCUUCGUGGAUGUGUGAAAGCAGAAGAACAUCGGAAUAUGCCUUUAUCUGCUGCGUACACGUUAAUCAGGGAACGAUAUUUGAAGAUCAAACGGAAAGAAGUUGGAAGCAUUCCUGAAAAUAUGCGACUCGUCCUGAGGAGUUUAAUUGACGAGAAGGCAUUAACUGAUAAAGAAUAUUCUCUGCUCAUCACUUUCCUUCAAGAUCAUAGGAGAAAACUUAAAGCAUUCGAGAACAGAACGAAUAAUAUAAUCACAGAGGGCAAACAAGAUGAUGAUCUUUUGAAUAAUCCUGACGCAGAUGAGCUAAAACAACGGAUACUGGCAGUUUUGAAUGGGAAGGAUGCUGAUGGAGAAAGAGUCGGCAAUUUGGUUGUUCCUAGGCCGAAAGAACCGCUGGGUUCCCUUGCAGAAUCUGUCCCUUUGAAUUCCUUACCUCAUCCUGGUGCAUCGCAUUUUCACCAAAUGCCAGGUACAGGUAUGCCACCACGUGGUUCAAACGGUGGAAUGGGUCGAGGUCAAAGUUUUGGUCAUGGAAAUUACUGAACAGCUAUAUGAAGGAAAACGCCAUAACUAUAAUUAUUGUGAACGUACAUCGUAUGUUAUUAGUUUUAAGUCGGUUAUUAAUCUAGUAAUAAAGCCGGGAUUUUGUAUUUUGCAUGCUUGCGGUAUUACCUAAAUGCUUGGAAAGACUUACGAACUCAAUUUGCACAACACUUGAGAAUAAAAUCAAUUUUAGAAACUCUUAA